AUGUCAGUCAGCCUGAAGCUGGACCUCCUGACCUUGGAGUGUAUCUGUGCUCCUCAGUUGACUGCUGCUUUGAGUUUUUAUGACUCUUGGGGCCGAAUCCAUGUGUAUUCUGGUCCAGAGUACCAGCUAGGCACGGAGGUACCCCGGAGCAGCAGCGGCAGCAGCGGAGGCAGCAGCGGCUGCGGCCCUGAGCCGGACCGGCCCGGACCGGACCAGACCGGACCCCCUUUCGAGCCCGGCCCUGCUUCACGCCUGUCGCUAAGGGGGCUGCGGGACAGCCAAGCGCCGGGCCCAGGGUGCGGCCUGUGCGGGGACCUCAGGAGCCGCCUGCUAGGUGGGGUCGUGAUGCUCUCCGCUUUAAAUGAUUUUAGAAAACAGUGUGCUGCCUGCAGUGCUGUCGUGGGCGCUGAAAACAAGCAGAAGAAGAUGGCGCUCACCAGCUUUUCACCUGCACCUACUCAGCUAUCUCAGGACCAGCUUGAGGCUGAAGAAAAGGCAAGAUCUCAGAGUUCACCGCACACCUCACUGGUCGCCUCCCGAAGAGGACCUCCCCCGUAUGGGUACCGGCAAGGCUGGGUACCUCGGUUAGUAGAGGACUUUGGAGGUGGAGGUGCUUUUCCAGAGAUCCAUCUGGCCCAGGAUCCACUGGAUAUGGGACGAAAGAAACAAAUGUCCAAUGCACUGGCCAUUCAGGUGGACGCUGAAGGAGAAAUUGAAUGUGAUGCAAUUGCUCGGCAAGGACAGUCAAAAGACUUCCUUCUUCCCCGACUCCGUCCACACCUUUGGGAACCCCUGGACCCCAACAAUGGGCACCCAGCGGGUGCCACGGCCGCCAUCAUGUCAGACACGGACAGAGAUGAAGAUUCCACUGGGGGCUGCCCAUUUUCUUUAACUGGAUUCCUUUUCGGCAACAUCAACGGAGCCUUGCAGCUGGAGGGGGAAAGCGUCUUGGACGAUGAGUGUAAGAAGCACCUGGCAGGCUUGGGGGCUUUGGGUCUGGGCAGCCUGAUCGCUGAACUCACGGCGAAUGAAGACUUGGCUGGGAAUGACGGUGCUCUGGUGAAUGAUGAAGGAUGGAUCAGGAGCACAGAAGAUGCUGUGGACUAUUCAGACAUCAGUGAGGUGGCAGAAGAUGAAAGUCGCAGACACCAGCACACAAUGGGGAGCUUGCAGCCCCUUUGCCACUCAGGAUGUGAUGACGAGGACUAUGAGGCUGAUUGUGAAGACAUUGCUUGCAAGUUGAUGCCUCCUCCACCUCCACCCCCAGGACCAUUAAAGGAGGAUAAGGACCAGGAGGCUAUUACUGGAAAAGUGGACUUCAGUAGUUCCUCUGACUCAGAAUAUGAGAUGGGACCUCAGGAAGCAACACAGGCAGAAUCCGAGGAUGGAAAGCUGACCCUCCCGUUGGCUGGGGCUAUGCAGCAUGAUGCUACCAAGCUGUUGCUGAGUGCCACAGAUCAGUUCCCAGAAUGUUGGCCUGGAAAGGUGUUACGCUUCCCACGUCUUGUUGGACCAGGAAAGAAUGUCCCGUCUGUUUGGCGGAGUGCUCAGAGAAAGAGGAAAAGGAAGCACCGUGAGCUGAUACAGGAAGAGCAGAUUCAGGAGGUGGAGUGCUCAGUGGAAUCGCAAGUCAACCAGAAGACUUUAUGGACCUACGACUAUGCUCCGCCACCACCUCCAGAGCAGUGUCUCCCUGAUGAUGAAAUCACAACGAUGGCUCAUGUGGAGUCCAUGUUCUCCCAGCCUACUGGAGUUAUAGAUAAAGUGACAGAUACCAAAGCCAGAGUAGCUGAGUGGCGUUAUGGGCCUUCCCGACUGUGGUAUGAUAUGCUGGGUGUCCCUGAAGAUGGCAGUGGGUUUGACUAUGGCUUCAAACUGAGAAAGAUGGAACAUGAACCUGUGAUGAAAGGUAGAAUGAUGGAGGACUUUAGGAAAGUUGAGGACAGCAGUGGCACUGAUCUUCUGGCUGAUGAAAACUUCCUGAUGGCGACACAACUGCAUUGGGAGGAUGAUAUCAUCUGGGAUGGGGAGGAUGUCAAACACAAAGGGACAAGACCUCAGCGUGCAAGCCUGGCAGGCUGGAUUCCUCUCAGCACGACUCGAAAGGCCAUGGCUUACAAUGUUGAGCAAGGUUGUGCAGCCAGCCUGGAUGAUGACAAGCCUUGGGACUCCAUUUUCCCCAUUGACAAUGAGGAGCUGGUGUAUGGACGUUGGGAGGACAACAUUAUUUGGGAUGCUCAGGCCAUGCCCCGGAUGUUGGAGCCUCCUGUUUUGACACUUGAUCCCAAUGAUGAGAAUCUCAUUUUGGAAAUUCCUGAUGAGGAGGAAGAGGCCACAUCUAACUCCCCCUCCAAGGAGAGUAAAAAGGAAUCAUCUCUAAAGAAGAGUCAAAUUCUCUUAGGGAAAACAGGAGUCACCAAGGAGGAACCACAGCAGAACCGGUCUCAGCCAGAAGUGAAAGAUCCAUGGAAUCUCUCCAAUGAUGAGUAUUACUACCCCAGGCAACAGCGUCUUCAAGGCACUUUUGGAGGAAAUGGUAUCCAGCACUCAAUUCCUGCUGUGGAAUUACGGCAGCCCUUCUUUCCCACCCAUAUGGGGCCCAUCAAACUCCGGCAAUUCCAUCGCCCAGCUCUGAAGAAGUACUCCGUUGGGGCAUUGUCUCAGCCAGGUCCCCACUCAGUCCAACCCUUGCUAAAGCACAUAAGAGAGAAGGCUAAGAGGAGAGAACAAGAGAGGCAAGCUUCAGGUGGUGGAGAGAUGUUUUUUAUGCGCACACCUCAGGACCUCACAGGCAGAGAUGGAGAUCUUAUUCUAGCAGAAUACAGUGAGGAAAAUGGACCGUUAAUGAUGCAGGUUGGCAUGGCAACCAAGAUAAGAAACUAUUAUAAGCGGAAACCUGGAAAAGAUCCCGGGGCCCCAGAUUGUAAAUAUGGAGACACUGUUUACUGCCAUACCUCUCCUUUCCUGGGCUCUCUCCAUCCUGGCCAGUUGCUGCAGGCGUUUGAGAACAAUCUCUUUCGUGCCCCAAUUUAUCUUCACAAGAUGCCAGAAACUGAUUUCCUUAUCAUUCGGACAAGGCAAGGUUACUACAUUCGGGAAUUGGUGGAUAUCUUUGUGGUUGGCCAGCAGUGCCCCUUGUUUGAAGUUUCUGGGCCCAACUCCAAAAGGGCCAAAACACAUAUUCGAGACUUUCUCCAGGUUUUUAUUUACCGCCUCUUCUGGAAGAGUGCAGAUCGGCCACAGCGGAUCCGAAUGGAAGAUAUAACAACAGCCUUUCCCUCUCACUCAGAAAGCAGCCUCCGGAAGAGGCUAAAGCUCUGUGCUGACUUCAAACGCACAGGGACGGACUCAGGUUGGUGGGUGCUGAAGCCUGAUUUUCGUUUACCAACUGAAGAGGAGAUCAGAGCUAUGGUGUCUCCAGAGCAGUGCUGUGCUUAUUACAGUAUGAGAGCUGCAGAGCAGCGACUCAAGGAUGCUGGCUAUGGCGAGAAGUCCUGUUUUGCUCCAGAAGAAGAAAACGAGGAAGAUUUCCAGAUGAAGACUGAUGAUGAGGUUCACACCGCUCCUUGGAACACCACAAGGGCCUUCAUUGCUGCCAUGAAGGGCGAGUGUCGCCUGCAGGUGACUGGGGUGGCAGAUCCCACAGGGUGCGGUGAAGGAUUUUCCUACGUGAAGAUUCCAAACAAACCAACCCAACAGAAGGAUGGUAAAGAGCCUCAGCCAGUGAAGAAAACAGUGACAGGAACAGAUGCAGACCUCCGUCGCCUCUCUUUGAAAAACGCCAAGCAACUUCUACGUAAAUUUGGCGUGCCUGAGGAAGAGAUGGAAAAGUUGUCCCGCUGGGAAGUGAUUGAUGUGGUGCGCACAAUGUCAACAGAACAGGCCCACUCUGGGGAAGGGCCAAUGAGUAAAUUUGCCUGUGGAUCAAGGCUUUCUGUGGCUGACAAAGAGGAAUGCCAACGCAUCUUUGACCUACAAAACAAGGUUUUGUCGUCAACUGAAGUCUUAUCAACUGAUACAGAUAGCAGCUCAGCUGAAGACAGUGACUUUGAAGAAAUGGGGAAGGCUCUAGAGAACAUGUUGCAGAAUAAGAAAACCAGCUCUCAGCUGGCACGGGAACGGGAGGAGCAGGAGCGGAAGGACCUACAGAGGAUGCUACUGGCAGCAGGUUCGGCAGCAGCAGGAAACAAUCACAGAGAUGAUGAUACAGCUUCUGUGACUAGCCGGAACUCUUCUGCCACUGGCCGUUGUCUCAAGAUUUAUCGCACAUUUCGAGAUGAAGAGGGGAAAGAAUAUGUUCGCUGUGAGACGGUCCGAGAGCCAGCUGUCAUAGAUGCCUAUGUGCGCAUACGGACUGCAAAAAGUGAGGAGGUCAUUCGAAAAUCCGCCCCUCUUGAUGAACAGCAUCGAGAAGAGAUGCGGAAAGAACGGCGGAGGAUUCAAGGGCAGCUGAGGCGGCUUAAGCGGAACCCGGAGAAGGAAGAGCUUAAGGGUCCUCCUGAGAAAAAGCCAAACAAGUUGAAGCAGCGCCCUGCCCUAAAACUGAAAUGUGGGGCUUGUGGAGCCAUUGGGCACAUGAGGACAAACAGAUGCUGCCCCCUCUAUUACCAAACAAGUGCUCCACCUUCCAUGACAGAGGAACAGGAAGAGGAGUUGGAAAAGACAGUCAUUCGGAAUGAUGGUGAAGGACUUAUCCAGGGUGAAGGGACCAAGAUUGUUUUGGGGAAACAGCUAAUUCAGAGUGCAGAUGAGGUUCGCAGAAAGUCUCUGGUCCUCAAGUUCCCUAAACAGCAACUCCCUCCUAAGAAGAAACGGCGAGGUGGAACCACCCACUGUGACUAUUUGAAUAGACCUCAUAAGACCAUCCACCGGCGCCGGACAGACCCCAGGGUGACACUGUCAUCUACCCUGGAGUCUGUCCUCAACGACAUGAGAGAUCUUCCAAAUACUUACCCUUUCCACAUUCCAGUCAAUGGGAAGGUUGUAAAGGACUGCUACAAAAUUAUUAUUCAACCAAUGGACUUACAGACACUUUGCGAAAAUGUGCGUAAACACCUCUACCCAUCUCGGGAAGGCUUCAGAGAGCAUUUGGAGCUCAUUUUGAAAAACGGCACAACCCACAAUGGGCCAAAGCACUCACUGACCCAGAGCUCUCAAUCCAAGCUGGAUUUCUGUGAUGAAAAACUCAAAGAGGGAGAAGACAAAUUGGCUCGUUUAGAGAAAGCUAUCAAUCCCUUGUUGGAUGGUGAUGACCCAGUGACAUUUUCGUGUAUUCUGGAUAAUAUUGCCACCCAGAAAAUGAUGGCAGUUCCAUACUCUUGGCCAUUUCGUCACCCCGUUAAUAAGAAGUUUCUUCCAGAUUUUUAUGAAGUGAUUGUCAGUCCAAUGGAUUGAAAGACUAUACGUGAGAAUAUCUCCAAGCACAAGUAUCAGACUCGAAAGAGCUUCCCAGAUGAUGUCAAGCUUAUCCUUUCUAACAGUGUUAUGUACAACGGGGCUGGAAGUCAGGAUGCUAAGACUGCUCAAGAGAUUGUGAAUGUCUGUUGCCAGACAUUGACUGAGUAUAACGAACAUUUGACUCAACUUGAGAAGGAUAUUUGUACAGCUAAAGAAGCAGCUUUGGAAAAAGCGGAACUAGACAGUUUGGACCCAAGGACCCCAGGGCCUUAUGCACCUCAGCCACCUGAUUUAGAGAGUACCAACACAUCCCUCAGUAUGUCUCGAGAUGCCUCUGUAUUUCAAGAUGGGAGCGAUAUGUCUAUCCUGGAUAUUCCCACUACCACUCCAGAAAAGCAGGUGACACAGGAAGGUGAAGAUGCAGAUGGCGAUCUUGCAGAUGAAGAGGAAGGAACCGUGUAACAGCCUCAAGCCAGUGUCCUGUAUGAGGAUUUGCUUAUGUCUGAAGGAGAAGAUGAUGAGGAAGAUGCUGGCAGUGACGAAGAAGGAGAUAAUCCUUUCUCUGCUACCCAACUGAGUGAAAGCGGAAGUGACUCUGAUGUGGGAUCCAGUGGGAUGAUACCCAAUCAGCCCCGUAUGCUUCAGGAGAACACAAGGAUGGGCAUGGAAAAUGAAGAAAGCAUGAUGUCCUAUGAGGGAGACGGUGGGGCGGCUUCUCAUGGUUUGGAGGAUGGCAACAUCAGUUAUGGGAGCUAUGAGGAGCCCGACCCCAAGUCGAACACCCAAGACACAAGCUUCAGCAGCAUCAGUGGGCAUGAGGUAUCAGAGGAGGAAGAAGAUGAGGAGGAAGAGCAGCGCUCUGGGCCAAGCGUACUAUGCCAGGUCCACCUGUCAGAGGACGAGGAGGACAGUGAAUUCCACUCCAUUGCCGGGGACAGUGACUUGGGCUCUGAUGAAUGA